CAGCCGACUACUCUCGCCUACAUUUCAGGCGAGGCGAGCCGCCUCUAAAACGAGCCUAAUGACUAAUCCGGUUUCAGUUUGAAAAAGGAAGCUGCACAUUAGGAUAGUGAAGUAGAGGAGGAGUCAUCAAUCAUUCAAACCAACGCUUCUCACAUUGCUGUGUCAGACUGUCACCGGUUCAGAAAGGAAAAUAACUUAAAACUGCAAUGGACAUCAUAGAACCAAUCCUAGUCAUCGCAGAAAAGCUGUACAGCCUCUGUGAGGAGGUGAAGGCCAACAAGAAGCGCUGCAAGCGCUUGGCUCACCGUGUGUACACCCUGGCUGAGCUGGUGAAAGCCGUGAAGGUUCAUGGCUUUGGGACUGAACCCGAACAGGUUAUAAAUGGGCUUGAAAAUCUUAAACUCACUCUGGAGUCAGCAGAGAAGGUAGUGAAGAAAUACACUUCCUUCAGCUAUUUGAAACGGAUUGUCAAAGCGCAUGACCUCGGCGAGGAGUUCAGCGGCCUAAAUGAGAGGCUCAACGAUGCAGCUCAAGUGCUUUCUCUAGCGCUUCAGGUUGAGCACAGAGCAAGUAUAGAGAAAGUGUUUCAAGAAGCAACACGGUGGCGGGAAGAUGAAGAGGACAGACAGAGUGACUCUCUGGAACUUCGGGAUUUGCUCCAGUCUUUAGCUGAGGAGAGCAAAGGAACGAGCACAAUGGUUGAUGCUGUACAGAAGACAGUUGACCAAACUCAAAAAGAGGUGCUGGACAUUAAAGAAAUCCUGGAAUCAUUGAAAAAACCCCAACUUCAUCUGCAAGACAUUAGAGAGAUUAAACCAGAAGAACUGACCUACAGUUUUCCUAAAAAAACCCUUAUGAAGUGCAGCCAUUCUGAGCUUUACAAAGGGACGUACAACAAAUUCACUGUGGCUAUCAAGAGAUACUCAUGUCCGACAUGCACCAGCCCCAGUGAGCUGAGGAGCAUUUUUAACAAGGAGGUGGAAACCAUGAAGCGCUUUGAGUCGCCGAAUAUCUUAAGAAUGUUUGGGAUCUGUGUCGAGAAUGAAAACGGACCAAAUGCAAGUUACCUGAUAGUGAUGGAAUACUGUGAGAAGGGAAACCUUCGACAAGUCCUGGACAGUAACUGCAAUCUGCCCUGGGAGAGAAAGACUCAGAUGUGUCUGGAUGCAGCGCAGGGACUCUACAGGCUGCAUCAGUCAGAGGAGAAGUUUAAAGUGCAUGGCUCCAUCAAAAGCAGUAAUUUUCUAGUGGCUGCUGGCUACAGAGUGAAGUUGGGAGGCUUUGAGUUGGCAAAAACAGAAAUUUCUCUUCAGAAGAAUAAAUCCAAAAGGAGCAGUGCUUUACAUUACAGCUCUCCCCAGCUGCUUCAGAAUAUCAACCAUCCUUACGACAAAGCAUGUGAGAUCUACAGUUUUGGCAUUGUCUUGUGGGAAACUGCAACACGAGAGAUUCCUUUCAAAGACUGUACAAACCCCACUCAGGUCUUCCAAAAAGUGUGUGCAGAGAAGGUCAUGGAGCCACUUCCACCAGACUGUCCUAAACCGCUAAUAGAGCUCAUCAAUGCCUGUCGAUCAUUCGAGCCCUUCCUACGACCAACGGCAGGAGUAUUGGUCGACAAGCUCAUUAAAAUGGUGGAAGAGGACUAAUGGAGGACCACUGCAUCUCUAACCAAGGCUGCUGGCAAAGUGUCCAUAUAUAUUCUGAUGAUGCAAUCUGUUACGAUCAACCUGGGGAAUAUUCCAGAAAGCAGGAUAAACUUAGUGUCACCUAAACCAUUGUUACCUAAAACCUUGUUUACUUGGGUUACAUGAUGCAUAUAAUAUUGAUAUUAUUGUGAAUGAUUCAUCCAUGCACGUUUCUUUCUUUUUUUUUUUUGGACCAUGUAAUUUUUUAUCAAAAUGUCAUAACUUACGUCGUAAUUUAUCUGUGAACAACAUUCUUCUCUCUGCUGACAUCACUUCUCCUGUCACGUGUAGUCCAAGAUAAAGACAAAGUUG